AUGGCGAACCCUACCGAACCCAAAGUCGAACCGUUCCCUGCAUUGUCGCCCAUUGAAUCAGUACCGACAGACCAGCAGAUUCCACAGAAUGGUCUUGAGACGUCCCAACGGCCAGAUACCGGCAGCAACGCCACUUAUGGCGCAGCCUCGACGACGACCAACUCGCCAUCGCGACGCCGUACCUCUUCCAUCCGCCAGUCCUUCCUCAACUCCAACCCUCCUCUGGGAAUGUGGCAAGCGACGGGCGAGGUGACUUCGAAAGUUCCGUCACUUGCAGAAAUUAGGAACGGCUCUUUCGCUGCCGAUGGCUGGAGUCACGAAGGCCAACUAGAGGGACGUGGGACCAACCCUCACGAGAUACACCGUCGAAGACUGGCCCGAACCAGUUCAGCAAGCACACGAACGAGAGCCAGCAGCAACGUUCCCCCGUCACCUAUCACGCCGACUAUCACAGAAAGAGCGAGCGAAGACCAUGGUGAAGCGAGAAUGUACUUUCCUCGACGAGGGAGUUUCGCCUUCAAGGAGCCUGUGCAAGAGGAGAACACUCAGAGAGCAGGUGCCAACGUUGGUGACAUGCCCAGCAAGAGCCAGCAGGAGCGUCAUGCCACCGUGGCUCAGUUGCCUUCGUCCAAUCAAAUAUCCGAGAAGCCCGACAUGGUAGACUCCUCUGAACAAUCAGCUUCCGGCUCUGACAAUGUCCCCGGACCAGACGAGACCGGGACCUAUCCCAACGGCUACCGGUUCCCCGCCAAACACACCUGGUGGCAGUCAACUACGAUCGGCAGCAAAGCUUUCGGCCGCUUUGUACUUACGCCCUUCGGCUUCCUCAUCACCAUCUACGGCCUCAACGUUGUUGCCUGGGGCGCCAUGAUCUUCUUCCUACUUCUCAACGCUGCACCAGCCAUGUGCAAUCCCAGCUGCUCCGAUAAGCACCAUUCCGCCCGCCAGAUCUGGAUUGAGAUCGACUCGCAGGUCCUCAACGCCCUUUUCUGCGUCACCGGGUUUGGCCUGAUUCCCUGGCGUUUCCGCGACUUCUACUACCUAAUGCGCUGGCGCGUGUGGAAAGAUUACUCCGCCCAUCGCAUCCUGGCCGGCCUAUACCGGGGUUGGUAUCGCCUACCCGGCUCAGAGAAGCUGCCUGACUACGUCGCCCCGCCUCCCGUAUACACCAAGAAACAUCCGCGCACGGAUGACAGUCCACCGCCGUACAGCGAGGUGGAGAUUGCUGAGUUGGAGGCUAAUCCGGCCAUUCCACUUCCCGCCACAGCCAUGCCCGACCCACCACUCACUGGUCUCCGCGCUCAACCUUCGCGAAGCUGGACGCUAGAUUUUGUCAUUUGGAUGUAUAUGUGGAAUACUAUUCUGCAAUGCUUCCUUGCCGGAUUCAUGUGGGGCUACAACCGCUUCAACAGACCUAGCUGGGCCGUGGGGCUGUUCAUAACAUUGGGCUGUCUCACAGGUAUUUUCGCAGGCAUUUGUGUCUUCAUUGAGGGCAAGAAGGUCAAGAAGGCAGAAGGCAUCCCAAUACAAGAGUACGAUGUUUUGGAGUCUGUCGAAGAGUUCCAGGACCGGAAGCAGAAGGAGGAGGAGAAGUUGGCAAAAAAGGAGAGCAAGCAUGAGAGAAGGUCGAAGCGGACUGAAAAGGUCAAAGGCCAUAUGUGGUUUACACGGUCUUAA